AUGUUCAAGUCAAUCUUUGCCGCUUCCAUUCUCAUCGCUGGCGUAUUCGGUACCCAGCACGGUUAUCCUGAUGCAGCCUACUCAGAGGUUGUCGCUCCAGUUUCAACUUCAUGCACAAAAAAUGCGGGAGGUAUACAAACCCCUGCUCCGGUCCACGUCGCCCCACCCGCCCCAGUCCACGAGGGUGCCACUCCAAUGGUACAUAAAGUUAUAGUUGGGGGCGAUGCCGGCUUGGUUUACACUCCCGAAUUCCUUCAUGCCGCUGUGGGCGAUAUUGUCGAGUUCCACUUUAUGAAACAAAAUCACUCCAUCACUCAAUCCACAUUUGCAAAGCCAUGUGUUCGAAAACCGGACGGUAUCGACUCUGGUUUACUACCUAAUCCCAACAAUACAAUCGUCCCAGCUCCAGUAUUUAAGUAUACCGUGGAUACCACAGAAGCUACAUGGUGGUAUUGUAAACAAAGAACUGGUACUCAUUGCGGAAAGGGUAUGACAUUUGCUAUCAACCCUACAGCAGAAAAGACCUUUGAAAAGUUCAAAUCCAUGGCUAUUGCCCAGAACGGAACUGUCGCUACAGUCCCUCCAGCUGCUCCAACAGAAGCCCCUUCUCCCGUCAAUACAGUUACUUUAGUAGCAGGAAGCCCCAGCGAAACCCAAGCUGCUCCAUCCGGUGUUGCUACCAUGGUUGAUGGCAAUGGUGGCGCUAACGGUGGAUCUUGCCAAUGCCAAUGCUUCUGUGGUGUCGCCGCUUACCCAUCGGGAUACGGUGUCAAUAAUUUCGGUGGUAUGCCCGGUGCUCUGCCGGCCCCUUGGGCAACAAGCUCUAGUGCUGCCGCCGCCGCCGCCGUCACAACCGCCGCUGGUGGAUACUACAAAAGCUAA